CCCCCACCAACACACAGAGAUGCACCCCAAAUUGCUGCAAUCGGAAGCAUUGAAGCUAGGAACAUUUUCGCUCUCUGAACGGUUUCUUCUCAUAUAAAUUGCCUUUUGGGUCUUUUCUUUGAUAGAAGAAAGAGAGCUUUAAGCUCUGUUUGAUCCUUGUCAAUUUUGUAUUUUUUUUUAUUUCUUCCUUGAAUUUGGUCAAUACUCCUUUGGAAUCUGAGAUAUGGAGAGAGACUUCAUGGGUUUGAAUUCUAAGGAUUCAGAUGUUGUAGUUAAGGAAGAAAUUGUUGAAGACGGCAACGAUAAUGCAAGUACCAAGACUUUAGGAGUUCCUUGGCCAUUCCCGUACAUGGUGUCUACUCUCCCUCAUUUUAUGUUCUUGAAAUCUAAGCAUGAUGAAAAACUGCCAAAACUCAAGUCUGAUCCUCUUGCACCUUCUGGAUAUACAGCUAAAUCUGCUGCAGACAUAUUUGAUGUCAGCCACAACCAACUAUCAAGAAAUAUCCAGCAGAGUGAAUUCUCGGUGAAUGCUGCCCAUGAUGUGAACUUGCAUCAGUUUUCCGCGUUGAAACCUUUUUGCAAAACUCAUUUUACGUCUGUUGGUCAGAAUUAUUUGGAUGCUACCUCGACGCAGCGAUUUCUUGGUGGAGUUCCUCUCUUAUCGCCUCAUUCUAUUCGUCCUACUGUUUUGGCGACUGGGACAACUGAACAAUGGGUUGAUUCCAAGACUUCUGAUGCUCCUGCCCAGUUGACCAUCUUUUAUGCUGGAACGGUGAAUGUCUUUGAUGGUAUCCCCCCUGAGAAGGCUCAGGCUAUAAUGCUUCUGGCUGGAAAUGGGGGAUUUGCUCAACCAAAACUUCAUCUUCAAGCACCUAACUUUCAGCCCGCAACUGCAAAUAGGGAAUUGAUCAACCAAACAAUAAGUAAACCAUCUAGCUUGGGUGUCUCGAGCCCUAUGUCUGUUUCCUCUUACCCUAUUGAUCAGUCUGGGGGUGUGUCUGCUAACAAGAAUAAUAUCGAGGUAUCUAACACCGUUGGCAUCUUAACCACUCUUGAUGGCAAAGUGGACACUCCAAGAAUGGUUCCAUCACUAGGAUCUGUUUCUGCAUUUGCCACGAUAUCAUCAGCUGUUCCGCAGGCACGCAAAGCAUCCCUGGCUCGAUUUUUGGAGAAACGUAGGGAGAGGGUCAUGAACUCAGCACCAUACAGCCUCAGUAAGAAUGCUGCUGAGGGUGGUAUCCUACAGUCCGAUGGUAUUUCUGGUGUGAGCUCUAGUUCUGUGUCUACCAGCGACAAUAUCUGAGAUCUCAAUUGGAGCCGUUAGCUAAACUAGUAAGCUUAUAGUUCUGUUGUCGCAAAAUAGUCUGUAAUAUAAUUGUUUAAUAUAUAAAUUCGAACAUUCGAACCAAGCUCUGCAGUGUUUUAACUUAAUAGAGUUUUCACAUAUGAGAAUUCUGAAUGCAACUACAGACUCUUUUUCAUUA